GCACUUGUAACUCAAACAUUCACAGUGCAAACCAACCAUGUUGCGACUAUCUGUAAUCCUGGUGCUCAACAUAUUCCUGGUAACUUUCAGUGAUUCCCAGGAAACACCUGGAAAUUUCUUCAGCUGGAUACCCGAAGAGUUGAGGGACUUUAUUUCAGAUGUUACCGCCAAUUCCGUAAUAUCACUGACCAGUUUUAUCAAUAGUCUGGUGAGAUUUUACGAGGAAAACGUGGAACAGCUCGAUGACUUUCUGUGGGAUACCACAGAAGACCCAAAAACUGAGUACGACUUUAUCGUGGUGGGAGCGGGUUCGGCGGGUUCAGUAGUAGCAAACAGGCUAUCGGAACUGCCUUGGUCUGUGGUGGUGCUGGAAGCCGGCCAGCCGGAAACUUCCUUCGUAGACAUUCCUUUACUGGCAGUGGGCUUCCAAGGCGGUCAGUACGACUGGGGCUACGUGGCCGAGCCGCAGGAGAACGCCUGCUGGGGCCUGGAGGACCACCGAAUGCCCUUCCCCAGAGGCAAGGCCUUAGGAGGUACGUCCGUGCUGAACUACAUGAUCUACUCAAGAGGCAACGAGAUCGACUACAACGAACUGGCUAAGCGUGGAAAUCCAGGAUGGUCGUACGAGGAUGUUUUGCCCUAUUUCAUGAAGUCGGAAAACGCGACUGAUUUGAGCUACGCGGAGUGGAUGUACCACGGCGAAGGGGGGCCUCUCACCGUCGAGGACACCUUCCAGUCGGCCGUGGUAGGAGCCAUGAUGGCAGGAGGCGAUGAGAUCGGUCUGCCUACGAUCGAUUACAACGCUCCAACGCACAGAUACGGCGUCAGUCCGAUCCAAUCGACCACGAGACGAGGCAGGAGGCUCAGCGCUGGAAGAGCCUUCUUAUCGCCCGUUUCUAAGAGGGACAAUUUGGACAUCGUCAUCGACGCUUUGGUCACCAAAAUCCUCAUCGACGAGAAAAAGAAGGAAGCCGUUGGGGUUAUGUACGAAAAAGAUGGUAUAGUUUACACCAUCAAAGCCAAGAAAGAAGUCAUCAUAUGCGCAGGCGCGAUAAACUCGCCUCAGCUGCUGAUGCUGUCGGGCGUAGGUCCCCAAAAGCACCUGAAGGACCUCGGCGUACCGGUGGUCAAGCACCUGCCGGGCGUCGGGCGGAACCUCAAGGACCACAUCAGCUUCUACGGCUUGAACUACAAAGUGGACUUCGAUUGGAACCAAACCCCCUUGGCCUACCUGACGUCGCUGGACGAUUUUAUAAGGGAAGGUCGAGGUCCGUUCUCCACGUUGGGCGGCGUCGAGGGACUGGGAUUGAUCAGGACGAAUUACUCCAGCUACCUACCGGACGCUCCGGAUAUAGAGAUUUUGUUCGUGAGAGGCUACAUCGGAACGGAUCGCGAGACCUUCACGAAAGAAGCUUUCAGGUUGACAGACGAUGUGUACGAUCGAUCGUUUCGACCUCUGGAAGGCGCGCCGGUGUGGUGUUUGAUUCCGAUGCUGCUGCAUCCGAUGUCGACGGGCGAGGUGAAACUGCGCUCCGGCGAUCCGCACGAUCCCCCGUUGAUCUACGGGAAUUACUAUUCGGACAAACACGGCGUGGACGUCAAGCGGAUGAUAGCCGCCAUACGGCGGGUGCGCGAGUUCGAGGACACCGCCGCCUUCAGGAGCAACGGCGCCCGGCUGAGCGAGAUACCGGUGUUCGGUUGCGAUCCCUACCAGUUCGACAGCGAUCUGUACUGGGAGUGCGCGCUGAAGACCGUCAGCGUGACCAUGUACCAUCCGAUGGGGACCUGCAAGAUGGGCCCCAAGAAGGACAAGAUGGCCGUGGUGGAUAAUAGGUUAAGAGUGCACGGUGUCAAGAACCUCAGGGUCGCCGAUGCUAGCGUAUUCCCUUGGGUGAGCGGGCACACCAACGCCCCGGCCAUCAUGGUAGGCGAGAAGGUCAGCGAUAUGAUCAAAGCCGAUCACCAAUGAAAGCGGAAUGAAAAUAAAUCUAUUGUUU